CCCUAUUCGAUUAGUUAUUUACUUAAGCAUCACAUCCGUAUGGAAAUCUUCUAUAAGAUAACCCUUGUACAUGCAUAUGCAAGUCCACCUUUGAGGUAAGUCGUAUCGCUCCGAUCAUCAACCUAGUUAUAUCAGAUGUAGGUAUAUAAAGAUUGGUAGGACCUCGGGAUGUCAUUUCCUUUUUAUAAUGUAUUGUAACUCAAUAUAAAACUCAUCGUGGUUCCUUGAAAUCGAACAUCAUGCAUCUUUGGAAUUCACUGUUUAUAUUUGGUGUAACUGUCGUCGAUGCACGGGAAUCCCCUCAAAAGCCUGUCUUCGUACCUGAUCCGAAAUUAAUCCCUUCAGGAAUACACAAUGCAGUAUGCAGAGAGGCGUUCAAAUUUCCCGAAAAAUGGCCUGGUCUGAAGUCGUCUUCUUUCGGAGCAAACGGGAACAUCGACAUCGUGGCGGGAAGCCAAUUCAAUGGCUUGGUGACAUAUGCGAAUCUACCCUAUCUUAAUUGUCUAUCAGAUAAGGAAGCCGAGGGGAAUAAGUAUGACAUCGCGAUUUUAGGCGCGCCUUUCGAUACUGGAGUUACCGCUAGACCUGGGGCUCGCUAUGGUCCGAGGGGAAUCAGGAUCGGAAGUCAGAGAAAAGCGGCUGACUUUUCUUGGAGCGUAUAUACCGGGAGAAAUCCUCUUAAGUCGUGGGCAAAGGUCGUGGAUUGUGGCGACGUGCCGCUAACUUGGUUGGAUAACAAUGUUGCUCUGGCGCAGCUGGACAAAGCCCACACGGUUAUCUCAGGAAGGACAGCUUCUAAUGAGACGUAUUCGGCUCAUCCAAGGAUUUUAACGCUGGGUGGUGAUCAUACCACGACUCUAUCGGCGCUGAGAUCGACAUACAACCAUUGGGGGCCAGUUUCCGUCAUUCACUUCGAUAGCCAUAUCGGUACUUGGGAUCCUGCGGUAAUAGGAGGUGGAAUCUCGGAUUAUGCGGGCUUGAAUCAUGGAACUUUCCUUCAUAUCGCACAUGAGGAGGGGCUCAUCCGUCCAAGCUCGAUCCAUGCCGGAAUCCGGGCUCCUCUUUUGCGCAGGAAGGGCGACAUGAGAAACGACGUGCGCUGCGGCUUCGCAACUAUAAAAGCUCGUGAUGUGGACAAGUUCGGCACCGCGGGAAUUAUUUCUCAGAUCAAAGAACGAGUUGGGGACUCGAAAGUGUACAUUAGCGUGGACAUCGACGUUCUCGAUCCGGCGUUUGCACCAGCGACGGGAACGGCCGAACCCGGCGGUUGGUCGUCGAGGGAACUUCUCACGAUCCUUGACGGGUUAAAUGGCCUCAAUGUAAUUGGCGGAGAUGUUGUAGAGGUGGCGCCGGUCUACGAUAACGCGGGAGAGACGACAGUUCUCGCUGCAGCCGAGGUUGCCUUCUCAUUGAUUGAACUGAUGGUCGAGAAUCCAGUAACACAGUAACUCUGUAUGUCACGUUAUCAAUCAUAUACGUGUCGAGAUACCAACCCAGUAGGUA